UUAUUCGCCGUUUUGAAGUGCUCCGUUGAAGUCGUCAGCGACCUUGGCCGGAAAGCAUACUGAACGGUAUCAAGUUUGGUAUAUGGAUAUCACUCAAAACUGAUUUUAUUCAGAAAACACGCGCAAUCCACGUGCAAGUGCUGAUAGGAGAAAGUGUUUGUGUUGUUGUUUUUUUUCGCGACAUAUGAACAAAAUUGAGGACAGUUUUUACUACGAUUAUCCUGUAUUGGUCUCGCGAUGCAUGAUUUAAAAUACGUGUUCACAACCUCCAAAACCCAUAACUGUGGAUAAUCAUUUGUCGCCUACUGUUCUGCUGUGGGAUUUUAAUUAAUUAGCAUUUUGGAACGUUCAUAUGUAAGCGGAACAAGACAGCUUCAAAUGUACACCGUUGUGAAUCUGAAAUAAGUGAAAUCAACAGACAGUGAACGAAAGAGAAAAAACAGAUAAUUUUCGUAAUCAAAAUCGAUUACCAUCGUGAAGUGCAGAACAUCUAGGUAGUGUGAUGCAGUGAGUGUUGUUAGUUGGUGGAAAGGAAAAGUAUCACAUAGUCUCCGAAAAGCGCCGACUUUAUACCUACAAAUCAGUUGUGAGAGCGUGAUAUGAGAACACCGCCCCAACCGAACAGCUGAUGAGCCCCGUCACGGAACGCCACACGGUCGGGGCCCUCUUACUCAUGCUUCUAGCAACGACGACGAGGGUCUCUACGAACACUGCAGUCAAAACAGGGACGGUACCAGCCGUGAACGUGAUCAUCGAAGAACCAGAGUUCACCGAUGUAAUAGAAAACGUAACAGUGCCUGCAGGGCGGAAUGUCAAAUUGGCAUGCUCCGUUAAAAACUUAGGAUCAUAUAAAGUAGCGUGGAUGCACUUUGAGCAGUCCGCCAUUCUAACUGUACAUAAUCAUGUGAUAACGCGCAAUCCCCGAAUCAGCGUGACACACGACAAGCAUGACAAACACAAGACCUGGUUCCUACACAUAUCAAACGUCCAGGAGGAGGACAAAGGGCGAUACAUGUGCCAAAUUAACACCGUAACGGCCAAAACGCAAUUUGGUUAUCUGCACGUUGUCGUGCCGCCGAACAUUGACGAUUCGCUGAGCUCGAGCGACGUUAUUGUCCGGGAAGGAUCCAACGUGACGUUGAAAUGUCGCGCCACCGGCAGUCCCCAUCCGUUGGUCAAGUGGAAGCGGGACGAUAAUUCUAAAAUAACUAUUAAUAAGUCGUUAAGUGUGCUCGAGUGGGAUGGCGAAUCAGUGGAGAUAUCGAAAAUCUCCCGCCUGGACAUGGGUGCAUACCUCUGCAUUGCAUCCAACGGUGUUCCGCCGACGGUGUCGAAGCGAAUUAAAGUCAGCGUUGACUUUCCACCAAUGCUCUGGAUACCGCAUCAGCUGGUAGGAGUUCCCCUCUAUUUCAACGUUACAUUAGAAUGCUUCACCGAGGCACACCCGACGUCGCUCAACUACUGGACCAGGGAAGAUGGUCACAUGAUUCACGAUUCUCGGAAGUACAGGACGGAAUCGAUGGUUGGAGCGCCAGUCUAUAAGACACAUAUGCGACUGAACAUCUUCAACAUUCAACAGAACGAUUACGGCACCUAUAAAUGUGUAGCAAAGAAUCCUCGAGGGGAGACUGAUGGAACGAUACGAUUGUACAUCUCCACGCCCCCAACAACAUCACCUAGCCCGACAACAACGGAACUUCAACCGUUAGAUUACUGGCCGGGAAAUGGUCGCAACGAUUCAUCCGGUUGGCAUCAUAACAUCAACGGUCUCGGAACCGGUCAGCAUCAUCCGAAUUCGUAUUCCGUGCAUGUGACUGAUAAAAAUUCUAAAUAUUCUUCCAAUUUGAAUGACAUCGAUAAAUCCGAGCAAAAAUCGCUUGAUUCGAAAGUUAUUUAUUGGUCCAGUGCAAAUGGGAGUAGUAGAGUUCCAACACAAACCAUUCACAUCUUUCUGUCCAGUAUCAUCGGCCCAUUGCUACUGGGUGUCGCGUUGGUGAAAUAUAGCAUUCACUAGCUGAGAUGGUUGCCGCUUUGUAAAAAAAAAACAAGGGUCCUAUUAUACAAGUUGUCUAAAAUCAACAAUGAAUAAUGGUCGCGAAAAAGGUUAGUAGCUAGACAAAAGUUUGAUAUAUUGCUAUUGGAAAAAAAAAAACAAACAAACAAAGGUCUAAACGCAGACAAGCUAAAUCAACAACCCAAUAUAUUACGGUGUGAGACAGAAGCAACUAUAGAUAUUCAAAACAUAUAUAACUGAAAGCAGGGUUAAACAACAUAUAUACUAAAGUAUUAAAAUUAAAUAGUAAGCAUAAGCUCUACGUAAACCUGUCAAUAGAGGAACAAAAUUGAUUCGAGCGCAAAAAUGACGCUUCACGUGAAACACGAUUAAGAAAAAUGUAUUAAAAUCAAUUAUUGCGCAUGCAUGACGAUAAUACAUAUGCAAUCAUUUCCGGAUGCAGAGUCAGCAGGAUACCAGACCGUUGUAGGUUACUACCGCGAACAUAAUGCCGAAAGCAACCUAGAAGAAGCAGCACACACUACCGCAUUCGCUUUGAAACAAUACCGUUUCGUAAUAGGUUUCCACCGGAACCAGCAGACACAGUAUAAUUUGAAUUUCUCGUCCUCCUAUCCUCCGAUGUACAUACAUAAUUCCCAUUUUAUCCAACGAUGUAUCAUAUUUUUAAUUGUUUUCCCUCAACCAACAUCGAUCUGGGUACGCCAACGUCAAAGGGGAGAAGAAGUUUGCGAUGGCGAGAGAAUGGGAUUUAAACGUUAUUGACUCGAAAUCCGAAUAGUCAGCAGGAAGUGCGGCUUACGAAAAUUAUUUUAAAAAAAUGCUUCAAUUUAAAGCUCCAAUUCGGUUCAAUUUCAUGGCGAGCGAGUUCAGAUCUGUGCUGAGAUUGAACCUUUUUUUGUGAGUAAAUUCAGAGUCCCACAGGGUUGGUAAAACUAGGACACUGCACAGGAGCUGUUUUGGAUGAUGCGAUUUCGAGGACACGAAAACCAGUUUGUAUAUUUGAUUAAAGGCUACUUGUAACUGCUAGAGAGAAAAUAUGUAGGAAAUAACUCUUCUAGUUGAUGUUUCGGAAGAAAUGAGCUUAAAAGUUUGUUUGAUACUUUCAAUAUAUGACAGUUGGCUAGGGCUGUAUGAGUUGGUUUGUGCUGCAGAGAAAAUAUGUCUGCAGAGACUUUGCGAUUGUAAUUAGGGAUUAGCAGCUCAACCCAGAAAAUUAAUAGCUUUUGGUAUGCAAUCAAGAUUACACCCAUUCUGUGCAAACAGAUCAAGUUGACUAAGUUAAUCUGUAUGGUUUUUCACUUGUGUUGAAAACAUAUUUACAGUAUUAAAAUGAAUCUCCAAUCCAAAAUAUAGUUACUUAUUAUAUAUUUUUUUUUUAUUUAAUCAAGGUUUUUAAAUUUCAUUCUUCAAGAAAUUUUUCUUACCAAUUAUAAUCGAGAUAAAAACAGUGGUGAUAGCCAGGGAAGUUUAAUUUGCAACAAAUCACUCCUUGCAAACGAAGUUAUCUCAUCGAUGGCGCAUACGCUUACUAUCUCUUCAAGUCUGUUACACGGCGCCUCCAUUAAAUAUAUUGGAAGAAGAAUGCAUAAAUAUUUUCAAUAUUGGCGUCUCCAUCGUAAUUGAUCUAGAGGGGACGGACAGUGAUUUCUAAAUUUGAAAAGAUUUCCAAACUAAUGCCAUAGAAAAAAAAACCAUUUUCUGACUUUAGUUAAGCAGCAAUAUAAGCAAAUAAGGGCUACAAAUGGAACCUGGUUUCGAAAUAACAUGUACCAAAACAUUGCUUCGAUACUUAAAAGUCGCUACAUGAUUUUGACAUAGGUCGGAAGUACAAAAAGGUGAUCCAAAUCCAAAAAAAUAUUUGAAAGUGUUCAGAAAUACUAAUAUUUUCCAUUAAAUAACAAUGUGAACAGUUGGUAACUCUUUAAUACAUGAGAAAGCGUUUGCUGUAAAGUGUGUAAAAGUCAUCGAAGUUUGAACAAUUUUCUAUUAAUAGGUAGAUAAAAAUAAAAAUAUCUUACAUACUUUCAAUGACGUCCAAUUUACCGUCAAAUUUUACUCUUCUUUCCAUAGUAAAACUUUCGACCACUCGACUAGAAUAAAAUUACUUUUACUUUAAAAAAUAGUCAAAAGGUAAAUUGGACAAAUAAGAGCAAUGAGAUGAAUAUAGGAGCGGUUUCCUCUAUUUCAGAUAAUUUUAAAGUGUACAUGAAAUAAUUUUGAAAAGAGCAAAAAAAUAUUAUUUUCCAAUAAAUGAUGGCAACUGUGGUAAAUAGACCGACCAACAGAAUAAAAAUACCGGUUUUACUUUUUCAGGCGAUUGAAAGUUUUAAUUAGAGUUAUUCUCCCGUAAAAAGUUUGAUGACUUUGGCCAAGAUGAAUCUUUACGCUGGUAAUUAUCUCCAUAGAGUUUAGUGGUCAUCAAUUGAAAUUUACGAAAACUAUAUGUACUGAACCAAGCACGCAUCCCUAGCCAACACGAACGUAAAACAUAUCAAAUCAUGUGUCCUCCAAUAAGCAUAACAAUUUUGUAGUAAAUUACAGAAUAUAAUGUGUUAACUAGGCAAAAUCGAUCCACGUCAUGAGUUAAACUCCACCUGUAAGCCAUAUAAAGCAAGAAAAAAUAACAAUACGAUUAAUGCACAAACGACGCAAAAAGGCAGCAUUGUGAAUAAUCAAUGAUUGCAGAUUACUAGUAGCAAAUUAUAAUGUAGAACAAAAUACUAAACCAACUUAUAGAGUUAAAGAAGCUUCAACUCUAGUUGCUGACGUACAGAUGUAAAUUAUUUGCAUACAGUGACUAAGGAUGAGAACCAGAAUGUAAAACAAAUAUACUUCACUGUGCCAAAUCUUUUAGUAGCGUGUGUAGCAUUCGCAAGAAUGCUUAUAGUAAGGUAGAAGUUCAACUCUUGGAGCGGUCUAAUGUUCCGUAUAAAAACAAUCAGUUUUUAGACGCAAAGCAAACUGAGUUUGUUAAACUAUGAAUAUAAUCGUUUCAAGAACAUCGAUUCUUCGCUAUACAAACAGACAGUCGUACUAGGUAUAUAGAUAUAUCAAUUAUAAUAGCAAAAGCUGUAUAUCAUAACUGAACUACUGAGGUUAUAGGUACUAUUUACAAGUAACCAAUUAUAACAGUGAAAAGUUACUAAUGAAAAAUACGCGAUGAAAAAUCAAUCGUAAACAUACUCAGCUAUUUAUGUUCCGGAAACGAACAAUGUAAACCAUGUAAAGGGAGUCCUAUGUUAUUGUAUUAUCAAAACAGUAAUAAAAGUAUUUAGAAAGCGCUUUAAAUAAA